GUGUUAACUAGCUAGGCUACGGAAAUGUCUCGCCGAAGAUCUUUUUUGUUUUUCUCCACUUUGCUGUUUGUCGAUCUCUUCGUGUUUGUCUCUGCAGAGAACAAAAACAUCACAGCUGAGUCUGGACAGAACAUCACUUUGACAUGUCGAGCUCCAAACAACAACAACAUUAUUGUUCUAGAGUGGAGCAGAGCUGACCUGGGAGAGAAAUAUGUGCUUCUGUUCCGGGAUGAGCGUUUUUAUCCAGAUCAACAGCAUCCAUCUUUUAAGAACCGGGUGGAUCUGCAGGACAGACAGAUGAAGGAUGGAGACGUGUCUUUGAUUCUGAAGGAUGUGACGAUUAAUGACACUGGAACAUACGAGUGUCGUGUCGUCCAGAGAGGAGCAGAGCAAGUGAGUCGCUGUAUUUUGACCUUUAACCUCUCUGUGUUGUUUCCUCUUUCAGAUCAGAAAAACAUCACAGUUGAGUCUGGACAGAACAUCACUUUGACAUGUCAAGCUCCAAACAACAACAACAUUAUUGUUCUAGAGUGGAGCAGAGCUGACCUGGGAGAGAAAUAUGUGCUUCUGUUCCGGGAUGAGCGUUUUUCUCCAGAUCAACAGCAUCCAUCUUUUAAGAACCGGGUGGAUCUGCAGGACAGACAGAUGAAGGAUGGAGACGUGUCUUUGAUUCUGAAGGAUGUGACGAUUAAUGACACUGGAACAUACGAGUGUCGUGUCGUCCAGGGAGGAACUAAACGCAGGAAGAGAGGUGUUUUAGAUGGUGACCCCAUCAGCAUCGUCACCCUGAGUGUUGUUGAUCCUCCAGGUGAGUGA